AAAACCCUACCCUCUAGGGUUCCUCACUUCCCACGCUCACUUUCUCCUCCUCGCCUCUCCCUCUCUAUCUCUUUCCAAACCCUAAUCCAACAUCAUGGCAGACAGAGGCUCCACAGGCGGCGACCGCGGCGGCUUCUCCCGCGGAUUCGGAGGUCGCGGCGGUCGAGGCGGCGACCGCGGUCGUGGCCGCCGCCGCGGCGCCCCCAAGGAAGAAGAGAAGUGGGUCCCCGUGACCAAGCUCGGCCGUCUCGUCCGCGACGGCAAGAUCAAAACCAUCGAGCAAAUCUACCUUCACUCUCUCCCCAUUAAGGAGUACCAAAUCAUUGACCUCCUCAUUGGCCCCUCCCUCAAGGACGAGGUCAUGAAAAUCAUGCCGGUCCAGAAACAAACCCGGGCCGGUCAGCGAACCCGGUUCAAGGCCUUCGUCGUCGUCGGCGACGGCAACGGCCACGUCGGAUUGGGCGUCAAGUGCAGCAAGGAAGUCGCCACUGCUAUUCGGGGUUCUAUCAUCCUCGCGAAAUUGUCGGUGAUUCCGGUGAGGAGAGGCUACUGGGGGAAUAAGAUUGGCAAGCCGCAUACCGUGCCGUGUAAGGUUACUGGGAAAUGUGGUUCGGUUACGGUGAGGAUGGUUCCGGCUCCUCGGGGUGCUGGGAUUGUUGCUGCUAGGGUGCCUAAGAAGGUGUUGCAGUUUGCAGGGAUUGAGGAUGUUUUUACUAGCUCCAGGGGUUCGACUAAGACUCUUGGGAACUUCGUGAAGGCUACCUUUGAUUGUCUGCUGAAGACUUAUGGCUUCCUCACGCCAGACUUGUGGAAAGAGACUCGCUUUACAAAAUCCCCAUACCAGGAGUACACUGAUCUCUUGGCAAAAUCCACUAAAGCAAUUACCUAUGUUGAGGAUGUUGCAGCUGAGAUAUGAUUGUUGUUUUCCUGCAUUUUUAAGAUGUGAACUUGCUCUUUGUUAGGAUCUUUUAAUAUAUAUUGCUGGCUGUCUAAAAUAUUGUCAAUUUUCUCUUGGAUCUUUGUCUUUUUGAUAUGAUAUUGGUUGCUGUAUGACAAUCCAAGUAUUUUCAAUCAAGUUAGUUUACUUCCUCA